AUGCCCAAAAUCUCUUCAAAUCAACAAUAUUACAAAAACGGCGAAAACUCCAUUAUUCUCAAACCAUCAUUUCCUUCUACUUUAAUGAUGGAUGAUCUAAUUAAAAAAAACAAUACUAAUAAUAAUCCAAAACCUCUUCCAAACGCUUUUAUUGCAUAUCGAAUGGCAUUAAUGAAAGAAUAUCGCAUUAAAAAUUGUAAAUUACCUCCUAUGAGUAAAGUUUCUAAAAUCGCAAAAAAUUCUUGGAACAUGGAACCUAAACACGUAAAGGAUUAUUAUGAAUCACUUGUUAAGGAUGUAAAAUCAAUUUAUAAACAAAAUAAUAUUCAAAUCGUGUUGGAUAAACACAUGAGCGGCAUGGUAAAUAAUCAAGAAAGUUAUGACACAGUCGUGAAUGAAAAUCACCAGACUCAGAAUUCUGGUAAUGCUGAGAAUUCUAUCCAUGAUAAUAAAUUUAGCUCUCCUAGUGUCAGUUCAACUGAUAGUUUGACUACUUCGAUCAACGAUCGAGAGUACAUUAAAGUGUUGGAACAAACAAUUGAUUAUUUACUUAAAAAUUAA